GGCUAUUCUUUGGAACAGUCAGAGGAGGCAAAGGGUAAGAGAGGAGCUGAGAGAAACCUAGGAAGCCUUGUUGUAACAGGGCAAAAGCGCCCCUGUGCCCGGCUCUGGAAUGGCUUUCCAUUUUCUGGGUUACGCAGUUCUAGUCCUGUUAUUAGCAUCCUUUACUGCUGUGGCUGCUCAAAAUGCAUGUGGACCGCCUGAUAGAAGGGAACGUGAAGAACCCGUGGAAGGAUUGACUGAAGAGUCAUACGCACAUAAACACAUAAUAUCAUACAAAUGCCGUCCUGGAUACGCUAAAGCUUGGCCUAUUAGACUUGAAUGUAAUGAUGGAGUCUGGACAUUAUUGUUUCCUGCAAAGAGCUGCACAGGAAGAUCUUGUGGCAGCCCUGGAGAUUCUGAUUAUGCCAGUUUUGAACUUGCCAAAGGAGAAGAUUUUACUUUUGGUGCCCGUGUUGUUUAUACGUGUAAUGAAGGGUAUAAGAUGCUCAGCCAAUAUAAUUACCGUGAUUGUCGAGCAAAUGGAUGGACCAAUGAGGUUCCUCAUUGUGAAAUCAACAAAUGUCCUCCAAUAGCACCAGGAAGCAAUAUGAGGAUUCUUCAGGGUGCAAAAUAUCAAAUGAAUGAAGAUUAUUUAUCUGGUGAUCUAGUGAUAUUUGGAUGUAUUGCAAACUUCAAAAUAAAAGGAUCUAAUAAAAUUACUUGUACAGCUAACGGCACUUGGAGUGCAACUGUUCCGGAAUGUGUAGAAAUAAAAUGUGGGGCAGACCAUAUUGAAAAUGGAAACGUAUUAUUUCCAAAGCUCACCUAUAAGGAAGGUGAGAGGAUACGAUUCUCCUGUAAUGAAGGAUACACAUAUGUGGACAGACAAGAGGCCUCAUGUACUGAGAACGGAUGGAGUACAUUGCUUCAAUGUAAAGAAAUUCAGUGUUUCCCUCCAGUGGUGGCAAAUGGCCGCUUUGAACCUAGACAAACUCAAUAUAUGUACAAUAAUGAAAUUGAGACAAUAUGUGAUGAAGGGUUUGUCCCUGGAGGCCCAAAGCUUUCCAAAUGCAUUGCAAGAGGAUGGGAUCCUCCUCCUGCCUGUAUACGAAAGGGCUGUGAUUUUGUCCCUGUAGAAAAUGGAGGAAUGGAAACUUAUAAUCAAAAAUAUCCAAAACGGGAAGGAGAACAAGUUUGGUUUCAAUGUAAUAAUGGUUUUCUUUCUAAAAGCAAACAGCAAACUUGGCAAACAGUGAGAUGCACCAAUUCCCGCUUUGAACCAGAACCGAAGUGUUUCAAAAGGUGUGAUCCUUCUCAACGGUUUUAUCAUGGUCGCUUCCCUUAUAACAACAGGAACAUUUACAUAGAAGGUGACAACAUUACAUUUGCUUGUGAUACGGGAUAUUCUCCUGCAAACCAGCAAUCAACAGUCACUUGCACAAAAACAGGGUGGUCGCCUGCUCCAAAUUGUAUCCUGCCACCAGUUGAACGCACCUGUAAGACGCUUCCUCUAGCCAAUGGGUAUUUUGAAUCGGAGCAACGGAUUUUUCAGAUCAAUGCUAAAGCAAAAUAUAGUUGUCAUAAUGGCUAUACAACAUCAAAAGGAGAGACAGAGGCAGAGACACAGUGCCUUACAGGUGGCUGGAGCCCAGAGCCAGAAUGUAUCAAGACCUGCUUAAAGCCACCUGAAGGUGAUUUUAUCUUCAACACAACUAAGCCUGUUUUCUUUCCUGGAGACAAACUUCACUAUGAAUGUAAAGAAGGGUUUCAAACCACUAAAAAUACCACUGAUGAAACUGUAGCAUGCACUGAGAAAGGAUGGGAAUCUACUCCUAGUUGUGAUCCCAUAACAUGUGAUGCUCCAUUUUUGGAAAAUGGCAGAAUUGAUCCAAGAGAGGACACUUUUUAUCAUGGAAUGGUGGUACAUUUUGAUUGUAACGAAGGAUUCACAAGAGUUGGCCCUGAAUCUGCACAAUGUUAUCAGUUUGGAUGGUCUCCACAGCUUCCAAUAUGUAAAGAAAAUGUUACAUCUUGUCCAGUAUCACCCAUCAUUUCCCAUGGCAAAAUUACUGGUGAACCUAAGCCAAUAUACCAGCAUGGUGAUCUAUUGGAAGUUCAGUGUGAUAUCUCAUUUGCCGUAUAUGGAUCAAAAAUCAUAGAGUGUGUGGAUGGUGAAUGGGCACCCUUACCAUCAUGCAUAAAGGAAUCAAAAACAUGUAGACGACCUCCACCAAUUAAAAAUGGACAAUUGGUCAAUGCUAAGUCAUCCCCAUACAGGCAUGGUGAAACCGUGAAAUACACAUGCAGAAAACAUUCUGUCCUUACUGGGACCAACCCAGCUAAGUGUCUUCAUGGGCAGUGGGAAGUACCUUCAUGUCUGGUUAAUCCUCGAGAUUGUACACGUCCACAGACUGAUGCAGUCUUUCAACCAACUACAAACCAGUUUCAGACCAACCAGUUUGCAAACUACCGCUGUGGUUCCAAAGUGCAUCAAACAAAUUGUGUUAAUGGAUUAUGGUUUCCUGAGCCACGGUGUAAAGGAACCUGCCCUCCACCACCUCAGCUUCCCAAUGCCAUCAAUGUAGCCGAGAUGAGAAUCUACUAUAGCGAAGAAGAAAUUAGCUUCAAGUGUCAAGAACAUUUCCUUCUUCAUGGCCCACAAAAGAUAAAGUGUGACGAUGGGAAAUGGCAGACACCCCCUCGCUGCCUUGAUUUACGAUGUAAACCUCCUCCUGAAAUUGAAAAUGGUAUAACAGUAAUUGAAAACGUCGCAAUGUUUCCUCCUGGUGAAAUUGUGGAGUAUCGUUGCUCGUUAGGUUUUGAAAUUAGUCAGUUAAAUACUGUAAAAUGUGAAAAUGGGAAAUGGUCUGAGCUACCUGUUUGCAGAGAAAAGUCAUGUGGUCCAGCUCCAGGCAUCCCCAAUGCUUCACUGCAGCAAGAAAAUAGAGAAGAAUAUGAUUCUGGAACAAUAAUAAAUUAUACAUGCAAUCCUGGAUUUGAGGCUAAAGAAUCUGUUAAAAAAACAUGCAGAAGAGGAGAAUGGGUAGGAGCUUUCACUUGUAAAGAUAUAAGAUGUUCUUCUCCCCCUGAAAUUGAACAUGCUCGGAUUAUGGGUGUAAGAAAGGCAAAGUAUUUGACUGGGGACAAGAUGAAGUAUCAAUGCAACCCAGGUUACGUUCUUCUUGGAAAUUCUUUCAUUACAUGUUUGAAGGAAGGUUGGACAGAAAUACCACGUUGUACAGUUAGUGAAGGAAGAUGUGGACGCCCACCUCCUGUGGAGAAUGGAGAUGUUGUGGACACACCCAAGUUAACCUAUUUACAUUCUGAAAGUGUAACUUAUCAGUGCCAAAAUUUCUACAAAAUGCAAGGUUCUCCAAGAGUGACUUGUCAAAAUGGCCGUUGGUCACAAACACCAACAUGUAGAGUUGCUUGUACAGCAAGUGAAGAAGAUAUGAGACAACGUAAUAUAAGGCUGAGGUGGCCCAAAAGGGAUACACUAUAUUCUAUAGAUGGAGAUGUAGUGGAAUUUCUAUGUUUAAGCGGCUAUAAUCUACAUCCAUCUUCUGGACCAUUAAGGACUAAUUGUGUGGAAGGGAAAUUUGAGUAUCCGUAUUGCAUUUGAUCUAAUUAAAUAAACAACAGGACAAAUACAGCACCAUUAGAACCAGAAGAUGAAUGUCUGAAAUAAUAUAUCAUUCUCUUUAAUAUGACCACAUGAAGCUGGAUUGUAUACAAUUAUAAAUGGUGGAUCUAAACCUAAAAGCCUACUUGGUAAAAGACAAAUUUUACCAACUCAAAUUAUUGGGGAAAUGAUAACGUUUAAAAACAAGUUGAUAGAACAUCUUUAAGGCAGAACACAUAUUAUAAUGUAACGUUAUAAAGAUAUUUUUAAAAAUGCAUCUUGAGGAAUGUAGAUGCUUUCUAUAUAUAUUUUAGUUGUAAACAUUUAAUUAUUCUGAAUUCUGAAUCAGCAUCUUAAAGCAAUGACAAUAGAUAAUUGAAAUUGAUGUUUUUACAUAUAGAGGUGUCAAGUUCUUUAAAAAAAUUAAAAAAAUACCUUAAUCAUU